CCAAAUGGCGUAUACCGAGAGUUAAGAUGUUACACCUUAAAGAACGGUAGAUUGGGUGAUAAACAUUUAGGCCUAUUCAUAAAAAAGGAAGAAAUAAUUUGAUUGAACUGCUGUGGUUUCAAAGAAUAUAUUAUCAACUGAUUAGCAAGAUAAACUUCAGAGAAACGUGUUAGUGUUAGGAAGUUAGUUUCUUUCGACUGAAAGAAAUACAAGAAAUUUAUUGUGCCAAGCCUUUGCAGAAAGUUUUUUGAUUUAUCAUGUUCCAUGGCAAACAGAGUAUUUCCGUGUUUGUUUACACUGUAGAAAACGUUCUUAUUUUUUUUUAUGAAAGUAAACUAAUUAUUUUGAAUAGAAAAUUUACUACUGCUUUAUUUUUAUACAAGUGUUGGUGACAAAAGAAAUAAAUUUGUUUCGUUAGACCCGCCCGACCAGAGAUGCAGAGAAAGGCCCCACUGCUGCGGGCCAGCGUGCUGGUGAAGACGUCCUGCACGUGUCGGCGGAAUGGCUUGGACGAUACCUGCUACGCCUGCGGGGACUCCGCUGGGAGCUCUCAGGCGAGGUCCGGCGAAGCCUUCAUAGGAUACCCCCCACUGCGAUCGGACGAGCAUCGAGGAGGACACAACCACCGCAGUGAGGAGCAUCAACCAAUGGGUGGGUGCAGGAGUUGCCCGCACACUGCAGCGGUGAGAGGGAUGUCCCAGGACGAGGCACAGAGCAGGAGAGCAGCCCACGUCCAGAACCCGCCGGCGAUGCCAGGACUCCAGCAUCGCUCAUGCCCCACAGGCCACUGCUUCCACACGAACAACCUACCGCCAGCGGCAAAGCCAGAAGAUAUCUAUCCUCCGGGCGCAUUCGGUGGGAACCAAGCCACACAGGCGCCUGCAGGCUACUCGCAGGUGGAGAACAACCUUGCAAGCCUCCCGUGCCUUCACCAUGCUCACGGAGUCCCCAAGAGUCAUGCCCUUCAAGGGCCCAUGCCCGGAUCAGCCCAUGCGGGAAACGACAGUAGCAACCCGACCAACCAGAUGUACCAGAGUCCAAAUCCGCAAAGCAGACAUUCGAGUGGUCCUUCCGUGGCUGGGAGCAACGUCCCGCAGAGCACGCCCUACGAUGGCUAUCUUGCACCACAAGCCUGCCAGCACUUCGAGGCAUCUCGUGACCACCGCCAAGAUGUGGCGGUGAGAGAACACAACCAGGUCAACCCGCAGCUCGCGCAGCAAUAUUUCAAGCACGGCGAGGUGUACCCCCAGGUGUCUCAGGACCACCACCAGGAUGCGGUGGUGAGAGAACACAACCAGAGCAACCAGGGAAACCAGGUCAACCAGGUCAACCAGCAGCUUGCACCACAAGCCUGCCAGCACUACGAGGUGUUCCCCCAGGGUUCUUGGGACCACCGCCAGGAUGCGGUGGUGAGAGAACAUAACCAGGGAAACCAGGGCAACCAGGGCAACCAGGGCAACCAGGGCAACCAGGUCAACCAGGUCAACCAACAGCUUGCACCACAAGCCUGCCAGCACUACGAGGUAUUCCCCCAGGGUUCUCGGGACCACCGCCAGGAUGCGGUGGUGAGAGAACAUAACCAGGGCAACCAGGGCAACCAGGUCAACCAGGUCAACCAGCAGCUUGCACCACAAGCCUGCCAGCACUACGACGUAUUCCCCCAGGUGUCUCAGAACCACCAGCAGGAUGCAGCGGUAAGAGAACACAACCUUUCCCAGGAGAUGGGCAAUCAAGGCAACCAGGGCAACCAGCAUCUUGCACCACAAGCCUACCAGCACUCCAAUGUGUUUCCCCAGGCAUCUCAGGAGAUAGGCAAUCAGGGGCAACACCCCAACGCACAGCCCGCUGGCCAAAUUUUCGCUGGCGACCAGAACCCUGCGGUGCUCGAAUGCUCUAGCUGCGGACACUCCAACGGGCCGCAGUGCUACGAUCCGGCUGCCAAAUCAUGUCCCUACCAGCAUGUCUCUCAGUACCAGCACGUUCCAGGGGAUGGGUACCCACCCCAACCCAGUGCACCGGGGAUUUGAGCCCAUCCGAAACCAAACCAUGUGUGUCCAAAACAUUUUUUAAUGUGAAUUUUAGUCCUUUAUGGUGAAGCGAAUGAAUUGUAUUUUACCGGCAACUUAAUUCAAGAGACUUUUUAUAUUCAUUGCGUAGUUAUUAAUUUUGAGAAUCGUGCAUUGUAAUUUUUGUAAAAUUAUAUUGCAUUUGAUUGACUUAUUUUCAUGCAGUAAAAUUUUAAAAAAUCCAA